UUUGUGUCAUAUUUCAGGUCCCGGCGUUGGAAUCGAGGCGGAGAAACGAGUUCUGGGUCGAAAGGAGCCGAGUUGGGACUAAGGGGGCUGCAGGAGGAAAAUACUCGGUCGGAUGGCAAAAUACCCGACCGGGUAUUUAUCGUUUUUGGCACCCGUGAGAAACAGAAGGGGGCCCGGGCGAAGGCCUUAAAUCCCCGACCGGGGAUUUUCGCCUUUAGUGGAACGGUGCGUUUCACAAUACCCGGGCGAACCAUAAAAUACCCGACCGGGUAUUUUGACCGGGUAUCGCGACCAGGCGGCUGAUAAAAGAGGAAGAAGGCCAAUUUUCAAAGGGUUCCGAGUUUUUGAGAGAGAAACCGAUACCUAGAGAGAGAAAGCGUCGAACCAGA